GUUGAAUCACUGAGUCGUAAUAAAUAAGUAAAAAAGCGAUUCGCUGAGGAAGGUAGCAGAUAGAUCCAAUCCAUCUCAAGGAGAAUACGAUACGACGUCGUUAAUUUCACCACCACCCACUCCCCCAUUAUUCCAACUAAAUAAGUAUAAAUAGCAGAAAUAUAACUUUUGGAGCUAUGGUCGGGGUUUUUCAUCUGCAUGAUUAAUUUAGCAGAGCUUGAAGUGUUAAAUUUGCUGCAUAUAAUGCAGGUUGAACAGAAGAAAGGAGAGGAGGGUGUCAUGGCCUCUGAGAGGGAAAGUUUUGACCUCUCAGGACCUUUGCAUUUGACUUAUGUUUUAUGGGAUAAUCCAUAUCAUCGAAUGUCAGUUGCCGCUUGUUUGGUCCAAGGUGUUUACAUUCUAGAAAGGGACAGGCAAGAAAAACGUGAAGGUUCGGAUGCUCUAGCACCGCCUUGGUGGAAAUUUUUCCAUUUCCAGCUGCUUCGUCCACUUGUAGAUGAUGUUGAUUCUUCCAUCUUUGGCGCAAUCUACGAAUUCAAGCCUCCAUCAUCUCAGAGUAACGAUACUUUAUAUCGAAGUCCACGUUAUGUGAUUGCCUUUCGAGGGACUCUAACCAAAGCACACUCAGUUUCACGUGAUGUUGAGUUAGAUAUCCACUUCAUCCGACAGGGACUUCAUCAAACUUCUCGCUCUAACAUAGCUAUACAAGCUGUUCGAAACACAGUAGCAACUGUAGGUGAUUCCAAUGUUUGGUUGGCCGGACACUCCCUAGGAUCAGCAAUGGCUAUGCUUACAGGGAAAACCAUGGCCAAGAAUGGCAUGUUUAUUGAAUCUUUUCUUUUCAACCCUCCAUUUGUAUCUGCUCCACUUGAGAAGAUUAAGGAUGAGAGAGUAAAACACGGGAUUCGAUUUGCUGGCAGCGUGAUAACGGCAGGACUCACCUUAGCUAUGAAAGCCAAACAGCCGAAAGAUUUAUCGUUGGAUCCAUUCACUGCUUUGUCUGCCUGGGUUCCAUGUUUAUUUGUGAAUCCAUCUGAUCAUAUAUGUUCAGAGUAUAUGGGAUACUUUGAACAUAGAAGAAAAAUGGAGGACAUCGGCGCAGGAGUCAUCGAAAGAUUAGCAACUCAAAACUCGCUUGGUGGUUUACUGAUGAGUGCAUUUGGGAAGGAAUCUGAACCCCUGCACCUUAUUCCUUCAGCUUCUCUAACAGUUAAUGCUACUCCUGCAUCUGAUUUCAAAGAAGCUCAUGGGAUUCACCAGUGGUGGAAACCCGACUUGCGCCUUGAAUACAAGGUCUACAAUUACAAGUAGUUCAUGUAGUUAUUGUAAUUUAUUGGGGGGUUGAUGGCUCUUGAUUUCAUGUGAAGACUGACCAAUUCAUUUAAAUUAAGCAGGGGGUAUCUUUGUAUUGUAAUUUUGUUCCAUAAAUUUAUAGAUAGGUGUCAGGGGCACAAUAGUACAGUGUCAAAGUGUUUGAGAGCUAGCUUAUUUGAUGUUCACUGGUGCUUACAAUGUUGUAUAAGUUUGCAUAAAAUUUGACAGCUAAAGUUGCAUGAAAUGACUUCAAUGUAUUACUCAUUUAUAGGAUAAUGAAUCAACUGACAGAUUUAUUUUUCUUUAUAAA